GUAUUUAAAAAAUGUACAAAAUUGUAGAAAUCUUUGUUGUGAUCAUCUUAAUUGCAGUAUCGAAUGGGAGCAUUUGGAAUUUUGAAAAUUUUCAAAAUUAUUCUAAAAUUUUUGGACUUUCACCGAAUGAAAGUAAUAAUGAAUUAUGGCAUGGAAUUUUAAAGGAUUGCAGUAAGAAGAUAACUUUUUCUUGUAUACAAAAGAAUGCCUACAACUACCUCCAACAGACUUUUGACGAUCGCGAUAAAAUAACCGUGUUUGAUGGAUUCAGUUUAACCAGAAAUAAUUUAGACUAUGAUUCUUGCAUUAAAGAUAAUUCAAAGUGCAAUGUAGGAAAAAAUACCGAUGAACUUCACGAGAAACCCAUUUCUGAUAACGAUGUUAACGAUAAUAAUAUUGAAGAAGAUCGAGCUAUGGAGCAUGAAGAAGCAAUAGAAAACGAGCAUCUUUCACCUUUAGAGGAAAUAACGAAUGCCAUGAGAAGUAAAACCGUUAGAUUUUUGGCUACCAGAGACUACCAGAUACAGCUACCAUCUUUCCUUGGCGAAGGCGUUAGCCUUCAAAUUAGUCCUCGUGAGAUCGACAGCAGUGGGGCUUUAAUUCGAGUAGAUUUCAAUAGUCAAGAAAUUAGUAAACAACAACAGGGACGACUCUUUUUAAAAAAAAUCAAAAAGCAGAUACAGAACAAACUUUUAGUAGUAUUUCUUGUGCUUAUCCUGCUUAUCAAAAUAAUAAAAUUAAAGUUUAUGUUUGUUAUUCCAUUCUUAUUUGGUAUUGGCACAGCAAAGAAAUUGUUUCUUAAAUUAUUGCUUUUCUUCGUCCCGGCAUUCGCACAUGUGUUCAAACUUUGUUCAAGCUAUUACAGCUCUCACGCUACGAAAUAUCAUCAUCAUCAUCACAAGAUUGCUCAUCAUCAUCAUCACAUUCCGGUACCGGUUCCAGUAUCUUAUACAAAACCCGUCUAUUAUGAUCAUCCACCACCUCAUUCGCAUAUACUAGAAGAUGAUUUUCCCGGAUAUGACUAUGCACAUCCGCAUAUCCAAUACCGCAAAGACAUCGAAGAAUUAAAAGAAUGGGGUAUAGAACCUUAUGAUGAAUCUUAUGAUCAAAUAGCGCCUCAGUCGGGUGUUAUUUAUCCUGGACCAACACCACCAACGAAUCCAAAUUUAUUACCGAAAUUCGGAAAUACCUUUGGCAUACCACCGUCAUCAUUUCCAAUUAAUUCUAAGCCAAUGAGUUCCUCAGGAGUGUCGGAUAAGUUACCACCAUUACAUCUACAUUCACAGAAUCUUGCUUACUCGGGAUAUGGGCCAUCAUUACCAGCACCAAUACCUUCUCCUGGCAGACAACCUGUAUCAGUGAAUUCACUUCCUGUAGGAGUUGUCGUAUCAUCCGCAUUUAGUUCUACGAAGCAUCCGAGUGUUCAACCUGGAAAACAGCAAGGUUUCAGUAAUAGUAAUGAUUUCUUCAUCCAACAGCAACAGCAGCCUCGGCCAGUAUUUAAUCAGCAGAGACACGAUCAGAAGCCAUCUAUGUCUCAAGUUCGAGUAAGCAAAUACUGCAAAUAUGUUAGGUUAUGCUUAAAUGUUAACAUAUUUCUAUUAAAAAUUCUAGCAGUAGCCUUGCCGUCGCAUAAACCCUAUGAUGACGACUUUUAUGGACCAAUUAUUGAGAGACUGGAUGAAAUAUUCAGCCAAUUGAAGUUCCUGGAAGAAAGUUGCCGCGAGAGACUCGUUUGUAAUAUGUAUAAGAAUCCAACGCUAUAUUCGCCCCAUAGCAAUCUUGUGUCCAAUGAAUUGUCAAGAGAUCCGCAAGAAUUACAACAAGUAAAUUCCAUUUCCGGUUCCAGCCAACGGUUUCUCAGAUACCUUAAUGCCGCACGAUUAGGUCAAGACGGUGGCGACUGUUUGCGAGCGUUUAACUGCAGUAGCAGUAACAAAAUUAAUUAAAAAUGCAUCCCAUUAU